AUGGGGAGCCCGACCGCGUUCUUCACAAACGCGUCUCUCGAAAUCCCGGUUCUGCGUCCGUUUCUCCAGAGACUAACCGCACGCCCAGGAGAGAGACAGUACAGCCGGCUGAGCGUGGUGUUUGCUCUGUACGGCUCGUGCCGCAUCGUCAAGAAACUUCCUAGUUCCGUCUUCUAUCCGGUCCCAAAGGUCGACGCCGCCUUGGUGCACAUCGCCUUUCGACAAGCCUCUCUGAGGGAGAUUCUUCGCGGCGCGGAUCCGCAUCAGUUUCGGACUGUUCUGCAUGCAGCCUUUGGGCAGCGUCGCAAGAUGCUGAGGUCGAGUCUCAAGCCGAUUUUGCCGCAUCCCGCGGCGCUGCCUGAGCACUUUGCCUCUCUUCGUCCGCAGCAACUCUCUCCAGAAGAUUUUUUAGAUCUCACGAACGCCAUCUUUUCCUCCCCAGAUGCGCAGCGUGAGAGCGCGCAAACGCUUCACGAAAGUGAAGAAAGUCAAGAAGAAGCGAGGCACCAGAACGCAGAACAGUUCCUCGAAGACGAGAUAGGCGAACUCUCUCGCAUAUGGAGGAAAGAGAAACACGGAGACUACUAG